AUGGACAGCAGACCAAUUCAUUUUUUAAAUACUCGAUUUUCCAACGUUAUACAAUCUGUUGCCUCUCUACUAAUACGUUCUUCACCACCACAAACUUUUGAAGCUCAAAGCAACAAUAAUAAUAAGCACAAGGGCAAGGACAAUAACGACACCAAUAAUCAUAUUCAAUUAUAUAACACUCCUCAACAAGACCAAAUACUUACAUUAAAAGAUGAUUAUAAACACAAUAAUAAUCCAUGUUUUGAUUGUAUGAACCCUUGUUCAACUCAUCUUUCAUAUCCUUCAUAUCUUAAAAUUGAUUAUGAUUCUUCAUUAGAAGGCACAGUAAAACCUUAUUUCAAACAUGUUUUAAUUUCAACAGGUAAAACCGACUGGAUAAUUAGAAUAGAAGAUGAUUCUGCAAGCUUAGCAAGUCAAUUACAUAAAAUUAUUAAAUCUGGUGGUGAUGGCAGUGAUAGCGACAAAAAAGACGAAAGAAAAAAAGUUGAUUCAGAACAAAAUAUUUAUUCUUCAACUAAUUUUCAAGUAGAUCCGAUACCAUACAAAGCUGUCAUAGUAAUAUGUUCACAUAGACGUCGUGAUAAAAGAUGUGGCAUAACGGGCCCAAUAUUAAAAAAUGAAUUUGAUAGAAUUUUAAAAGAUAGAGGUUUAGAUGUAAAAAAUAAAAAAAAUGAAGGUGUGGCUGUGUUUUUAAGUAGUCAUACUGGAGGUCAUAAAUAUGCCGGCAAUGUUAUAGUUUAUCGAGAUGGUCAAGGCAUAUGGUAUGGUCAUGUGAUUCCAUGUCAUGUUGAAAACAUAAUAGAAUCAACUGUUAUUGAAGGAAAGAUCUACAUCAUCUUUUUCAAAAUUUUUUAUUUAUAUGAUAAAUUAAAAUUAAUAUCUAAAAUGACUUCUUCUGUAUCAAUAAAUGAUGAUUUAACCUCAUCGCCUUUAAUAAAAUCAACAACCUCAAAAUCGACACUUUCAAAUAAAGAUGAAGGACCAGCAAAUACAAACUCACCAUACACAAUUAAUGAUUUGAUAUCCAAGGUUGAUUCAUUAAUGGAUACUUGUGAUUACGAAUUGGCAUUGAAAUUUUGUUUAAGAGCAUUAAGUUUAGACCCAAACAGCACAAAAGUUUUGGAAAUUUUGGGCGUGAAUGAAAUUGAAUUGGAAAUGUUUGAAGAAGCUAAAGAGCAUUUUUCUAAAGCGAUUUCGAUAAAUCCAAAUCAAGGUUACUCAAAAUACAUGUAUAUGGGUCAAUUGACAAAUGAUCAAAGAGAGAAUGCGGGAGAAGGAAAUAAUGAUGGUGAUGAUGACAUUAAAUCAAAGGAAAUUUUAAAGCGUAAAAUUUCUUCUGCUUUAUGUUCAAUGGUUGAAAUAUAUUUGACAGAUUGUUGUUAUGAAUCAGAUGCUGAAAUAAAAUGUGAGAAUUAUUUAAAUCAAGCUGCAGAAAUCGAUCCAACCAAUCCGGAAAUAUUUCAAUGCCUAGCUUCAGUAAGACUUUCUCAAGAAAGAAACGAAGAAGCUAAAGUUGCUUUAGAAAAGAGUUUAAGUCUUUGGAUUAAUAAUAAUUAUGAAUCAGAUUAUAAUCACCCAUCAUCAUCUAUACCAUCAUAUGAAACAAGAAUAUCAUUAGUAAAGUUGUUAUUGGAACUCUCUGAAUAUACAAAGGCUCUUUUGGUACUUGAGACUUUACAAAAAGAAAAUGAUCAAGUGGUUGAUUUAUGGUAUCUUUAUGGUUGGUGUUAUUUUUGUAUGAGUGAGGAAACGGAAAAUGAAGGUGAUCAGCAAAUUCAUUUGGAGGAUUCUCAGGAGUGUUUGAUUACUU